GUGAUGGAGGGGGGGCUGGCAGGCAUUACCAAACAGAUGGAGAGGCUUUGUAAUGUGGGGGCGUGUAACUGAUUAGACACAACAUUUAUUGACGCUCCCUUUGAUGGUUUUUCACCUUGAUUCUGUUUCUAAUCAAAGUCAAGUGAAGCCAAAGUCACAUCCGGAUUUUACCGGGUUUAAGUCUCGGUCAGUCGGACAUUUUUUCGCGCAUGUCCAGCGCGGACACUCUGGACAUCGUAGUCAAUUAGAGGACUUCCUGUCCUCCCCUCACCCCCCUCUUCUAGAUUAAAUCCAUUACACCACACUUACCGACUGCACACUUUGUCCUCCGGAAGGACGACGCGUGUUCUCUAAGUUAGGAUAGUUUGCUUGCUGAAAAUUACAUCUCAAGGCGCUGUAACUCUGGAGCCUUUGAUGGGUGGAGAUGAGCGCCACCAGCAGCACCAGACUGAACCCCAGUCCGAACUUACUGCAAGUGAACGAGCCCAAGCGCUAUGGCUCCACGCUGUCGCUGGAGGAAAAGUGUGAACAGUCUUUCUUCCUUUUUUACUACUACAGGAUGGAGGAUGAGGCGGUGCUGGACCGCGGGGCAUCCUUACUCAAGCACCUUUGUGAUGAAGAGGAAGUAGAAGGUCACCACACCAUUUACAUCGGCGUGCACGUGCCCAAGAGCUAUCGACGUCGGAGGCGUCACCGCCGGAAAACCGGCCACAAGGACAGAAAGGAGAAGUUGAUGGAGAAUGUCUUUGACAAGUCGGAGACAGAAAACAACGACGAGGCCAGCAACAGCAUCCUCAAACCUCUCAUCUCACCAGCAGCAGAGAGGAUUCGCUUCAUCCUAGGUGAGGACGACGAUGGCCCGGCACCCCCACAGCUCUUCACUGAGUUGGAUGAGCUCCUGUCAGUGGAUGGACAAGAGAUGGAGUGGAAGGAGACGGCCAGGUGGAUCAAGUUUGAGGAGAAGGUGGAGAAAGGUGGAGAACGCUGGAGUAAACCUCAUGUGGCGACGCUGUCCUUACACAGCCUAUUUGAACUGAGGACAUGUAUAGAAAAAGGCACCAUCAUGCUGGACCUGGAAGCUUCCACGCUACCUCAGGUUGUUGAGAUGAUCACUGACAACCAGAUAGAGAUCGGCCAGCUGAAGGCCGAACUUAAGGACAAGGUGAUGUACACGUUGCUGCGGAAACAUCGCCACCAGACCAAGAAGUCCAACCUGCGCUCUCUGGCUGACAUCGGGAAGACGGUGUCCAGUGCAAGUAGGCUGUUUUCCACCCCGGAAAAUGCCCGCAGUCCUCUCGAGAACUCUGUGACUUGCCUGUCAGGUCGCAUCUCAAUGGAGGACUUGCAGACCCAAAGGAGUUCCAGUAUGGACUGGCUCAAUAGUCCCACCACAACUCCCAGGAACCUGACAUCCACCAGCCUGAAUGACGUCUCUGACAAACCGGAGAAAGACCAGCUGAAGAACAAAUUCAUGAAGAAGUUGCCAAGAGACGCAGAAGCCUCCAACGUGCUGGUGGGGGAGGUGGACUUCCUGGACGCGCCCUUUGUGGCGUUUGUUCGUCUGCAGCAGGCCGUGAUGCUGGGAGCCCUGACGGAGGUUCCUGUUCCCACAAGAUUUUUAUUCAUCUUGCUUGGACCCAAAGGCAAAGCCAAGUCGUACCACGAGAUCGGCAGAGCGAUCGCUACACUGAUGUCGGAUGAGGUCUUUCAUGACAUUGCAUAUAAGGCCAAGGACAGACAAGAUUUGCUGGCUGGUAUUGACGAGUUUCUGGAUGAGGUGAUUGUGCUUCCUCCUGGAGAAUGGGACCCAGCCAUCAGGAUAGAGCCUCCAAAAUCCCUCCCCUCCUCUGACAAAAGGAAAAACAUGUAUGCAGGAGGCGACUCUCAGAUGAACGGAGACAUGCCUCACGAUGGAGGCCAUGGAGGAGGACAUGCUGUGGGCGAAGAGCUCAGGAAGACGGGAAAGUUUUGUGGGGGUCUCAAACUUGACAUCAAGAGAAAAGCGCCUUUCUUUCUCAGUGACUUCACCGACGCGUUUCACAUUCAGGCCCUGUCGGCUAUUAUGUUUAUUUACCUGGGAACUGUAACGAACGCCAUCACCUUUGGUGGUCUGCUGGGAGACGCUACGGAGAACAUGCAGGGUGUGCUGGAGAGUUUUCUGGGCACAGCCAUUGCUGGUGGCGUUUUCUGUCUGCUGGGUGGUCAGCCUCUCAUCAUCCUCAGCAGCACUGGCCCCGUUUUGGUGUUUGAACGGCUGCUUUUCAACUUCAGCAGAGAUAAUGAGUUUGACUACUUGGAGUUCCGCCUGUGGAUCGGCCUGUGGUCGGCUUUCUUCUGCCUGCUGCUCGUGGCGACUGAUGCCAGCUACUUGGUCCAGUACUUCACCCGCUUCACUGAGGAGGGCUUCUCCUGUCUCAUCAGCUUCAUCUUUAUCUAUGAUGCCUUCAAGAAGAUGAUCAAAUUAGCUCAUCAUUAUCCAAUCAACCCUGACUUCAGAAUGGAAUAUGUCACGCAGUACGACUGCCUCUGCAUGGCUCCUACUGUCUUGGAAAACAGCACAGACAUCAUUGGCGAUCCUUUAGAAGGCACUUCAGACUGGUUCUGGAACAACACAGAUCUGCCACCGAAUGCCACGUGGUCGUCCCUCUCCAGGACCGAGUGUUUGAAGUAUAAUGGAGAGCUGGUGGGCAAAGCCUGCGACUUUGUCCCAGACAUCACCCUCAUGUCCUUCAUAUUGUUCUUUGGCACUUACACCUGCUCCAUGUGUCUAAAAAAGUUCAAGACAAGCCCCUUCUUCCCCACCACUGUGCGAAAACUCAUCAGUGACUUUGCCAUCAUCUUGGCCAUUCUUAUCUUCUGUGGAGUUGAUAUGCUCGUAGGAGUUGAUACGCCUAAACUUCUUGUGCCAAGUGAAUUCAAACCAACAAGUCCAAACCGAGGCUGGUUUGUGGCCCCAUUUGGAGGAAACCCCUGGUGGGUUUAUCUGGCGUCUGCUCUUCCUGCCCUUCUGGUCACCAUCCUGCUCUUUAUGGACCAACAGAUUACUGCUGUGAUUGUCAACAGGAAGGAGCACAAGCUAAAGAAAGGGGCAGGUUACCAUCUGGAUCUGUUUUGGGUGGCUGUUCUGCUAGCAAUUUGCUCCUUCAUGGGUCUGCCGUGGUACGUGGCCGCCACCGUCAUCUCCAUCGCUCACAUCGACAGUUUGAAGAUGGAGACUGAAACAUCGGCUCCCGGAGAGCAGCCAAAGUUCCUGGGUGUGAGAGAGCAGAGGGUCACGGGUGUGUGCGUGUUCAUCCUCACAGGGCUGUCUGUGUUUAUGGCUCCAGUUUUAAAGUUCAUCCCCAUGCCUGUGCUGUAUGGAGUCUUCUUGUACAUGGGGGUCGCUUCUCUCAAUGGAGUGCAGUUCAUGGAUCGUCUUAAGCUGCUUCUAAUGCCGGCGAAGCACCAGCCGGACCUGGUUUACCUGCGACACGUUCCUCUCCGGAAGGUCCACCUCUUCACUUUUAUGCAAAUCCUUUGCUUGGCUCUGCUCUGGAUCCUCAAGUCCACCGUGGCUGCCAUCAUCUUCCCUGUCAUGAUCCUCGCUCUGGUCGCUGUCAGAAAGGGGAUGGAUUACCUGUUCUCUCAGCAUGACCUCAGUUUCCUGGAUGAUGUCAUCCCAGAGAAGGACAAGAAGAAGAAAGAGGAUGAUAAGAAGAAAAAGAAGAAACGUGGCAGCAUAGACAGCGACGCUGACGACUCUGACUUUCCUUACAAUGAGAAUAUUCCCAGCAUUAAAAUCCCCAUGGACAUGAUGGAACAGGAGCCCUUCUUAAGUGAUAAGGCUUCUGACAGAGACAAGUCCUCAUCAUUCCUUGAACGACACACAUCGUGCUGAGCAGCUUCGCUUCUACCAGGCCAACUACUUGUCCAGUCCUGAGAUGAGUCCGCUGAAGUCUGUGCCUCAGAUUAGAAUAGACAUGGACCCAGACGAUGAUAACACUUUCUACUGGAAGAGCAGAGGAUCCGAAACAUCUCUGUAGAUCUCCACCAACCUGCAGCACAACUUGCUUUUUACUGACCUUCGGUGAUUCUUUUAACUCCGAUCUCCUUCAUGACUUCAAGACUUUGUUGUGAAGAGCGGCACGCUUUAGAAAAGCAUUACGCUGCACGCUCUAUGGUCUUUCCUCACCACGUUUCUCUCACAGCUCCACAGCUAGUCUUUGCUUACAAAAGUAACCCCUGAAUAUUCUUCUAUGCAACUCCUCCUACGCAUCACCGACCGAGGCUGCAGCUCACUCUGACCACGCAUGGACCUGCUCUUUUUAUAUAAACAUAUACAAAUAUCAUCUGUCUGAGUUUUUAUAUAAACCGAAUUAUUCUAAUAACAUUUUCCUGUAGCAGGAAAAUCAUGUUUUUAUAGCUCUACCUCUUGUUUUAGAUUCAGUGCUUAUCAUGAAUGAUUGCAAUGUGUUGAUUUUUGAUGGGGUUUUGAUAUUUUCUCUCUGUCCUCUUGUAGAAAUGAUUCACACAGAUUCACUCUAUGAUCAUAGCUUGUGAAGGAAAUACAGUAGAUAUUUAAGUAAAUUAAUAGCAGAUUAACAAAGCACAUUUGUAUGUGCAGAUGAGGAAAAUAUUUUUAUUCUCACUUUGUGAUGCAGUUUUACUUGCUUCAGUUUCUAGUUUUCUGAAUCUUUGACUCUUUUGCUUUUGUUACUCGUUUAAUUUAAAUCAUUUUCUUCUUUUGUUUUGCUUUAAAAAAAAAGAUUUUAUUGUGUGUGUGUAACAUUAAUUAUUUUUUUUCUGUUCGAGUAGAAAACAAUCCAGCGACAUAAUCAUCCGAUUUUCCUCCGCCAAACUUAAACUCUAACUAGAAAUGCAUAUCAUAAUAAUUACUUUUGCUGCACAAAGUACUUUACCUAAGUGGCUUAUAAGAGAUUGAUUCUUAAAGUAACAAUGUGAAAAAGAGGAGACGGGAAUCAAAUCCACGCCAGCUCAGUUCGGUUCACGGCAGGUUUUCUUUGUUUUUCUCAGCUGUUUUUGGAAUUAUCUGAUGAUGUGAAGACGUUUUUCAUAAGGAUGUGUUUGGGCUGUAAUACAACGGUCACAUGCCAUCUGUGCUUACAUUCAGAGACUUAUUGGUCGGUGUUAUGCAAUCCUAUCUUCUUCAAAUCCACACAAAGACCCGUGCGCACGUCAGCUGUUAAACAUGUCUUUGAGUCUCUGAUUGCUGGUCAGUGUUUGACUCAGUUUUCUUCACUUUAACUCAAAUUUCUCAUCACCAGGCAAAGCAUUUUAAUUUUGGCCCCCAUAAUAAACUUGCUGAGCUUGUAGAGUGCGCACAGGGCAUGUGAGUGUUAUGUUUAACCCACACACAUCCUUUAAACAGUUGUUAAAACAUCAUGUCAGUGAGGCAGAAGAUGCACAAACUCCAUAUUUGCUCCAAUGUUUUAACUUCAGACGGUUUCCCACAGAAUGACCACGUGCAUCUCUCUGACUGCUCGUCUGUUUUUGGCCAGUUAUAAAGGAUAAUUCAGGUUUAUGUGAACUUAUAUUACAUGAAUGUGGCUGCUGUGUGGGUCGCGCUAACUUUGAACUCUUCCCUUCUGCUGUAGUAAUCAGGCAGGAAACAGAAGUUGUAUUUAGAGAAAUACAAGCUCCAAAGGUUGUUUGGAAAAACAAAAUUGCAGCUGACCCAUUAUGCAUCAGCUGUAGGUUUCUUGGUAUAUACAAAGAAAAAUGUUCUUUUCUUCAGUGCAAAAACAUUUUACAAUUUCCCCCAAACUGCAGUAAGUAUCUCACUGAAACAACUGAAAGCAAAGUGCUCUGCUCCUCGUACAGGUAAUUAAGUAAAAAGAGCUGCUGUACACCCACUUUCACCUGACAUGCAUUUUACUUUAGCAGCUUUGUUAUAUAAUUUCCCAUCAAAAUAACUGGUGGGAAAUUAUAAUAAUAACUCCAUCAGAUAGCAGGACAUACAGGUGGAUGUAGACCCUGUGCAUCUUUAACAUACUUAUUCCUGGAGAUUACAGAUUACCUUUGCAUGGUAAGAUAAAUAAUGCAUAUUUAUCUUACAGUAGUCAUUACUGUUUGAAACAAGUAGUUUUAGCCUCAGUUCUCCACGUCUGAAGAAAGUAACUGGAUGACUCUCAUAAGCAAAGAAAAACAACAACAGCACAAAAGAGCCGCUUUAAAUGUUGAACGACACACUCUUGCAGUUUGAUCCAAACAAUAGACACAAAAAGCUUUUACAUGCUGUUUUCUGUUUUUGUUUUGUCUCUGUGGUGAAGAUGGAGCUCAAAGUUGGCAUGACCCACAUUAAAAGGUUAAAAAUAACCCACGGUUAUCUUUUAACUCCAGUACAGCGAUCGACACCAUCUCCCCACUGAAUCUCUAAUGGGUGCACUGAAGCACUUUCUCACUUUUUUCAUUUUAAUUUGAAACCUCCGGGCCUCUGUACGGAUCGCCACGGUAGAGAUUUCAAAGACGUAGAUAAGAGUCAUGACAUACUUAAUAUUCCACCUCAGUAUUUACGGCUGUCAGCAGCGGCGAGUGGAAACGAAUGUGAGUCAGCGCCCGGGACAUCUUCUGUGGGGAGUGGUUAGUUUAAAGUGUGAUUCUGUGUAAGUGUGUCGGACAAAAACCUACAACACGACGUGAAAAUCUUCUGUUAAUCCUAGUGUUCGGAAUACUGAUGCAAUUUUUUUUUAUUAUUAUUAACAUUUUGUGACUUUAGAAUAGGUGAAAUUGUUUAUUUUAGAAUUUAUAUUUUUCAAAUGAAAUGUAUAUUGGAAAUAAAGAGAAUUAUCAAACAGCA